AUGAUUAGAGGAGAAAACACAGAUUCCAUCCCGAUUGAUCUCGUCAACGAGAUACUCUCGAGAUUGCCUGCCAAGUCAAUCGCGAGGUUUCAUUGCGUGUCGAAGCUAUGGAGCUCCAUGAUUCUCCGUCCAUAUUUCACCGAUUUGUUCCUCACGAGGUCCUCUGCUCGUCCCCCGUGUCUCUUAUUUGCCGUCCAACUAGACGUAGACGGCGAUGAGUGGUGCUUCUUCACGUCGUCUCAGCCUCAGAAUCCAUAUGAUGAGGAGUCGUCGUCUCUUGUAGUAACCGCUGAUCGUCACAUGCAGUUCCUUGGAGACAAUACGUGGCUAGAGACUUGUGGUUAUGCCUCAGGAUUGAUCUGUUUCUGUCGACAUAGACCAGAUGAUAAGCGUACACUGAUAUUUAACCCUAGCACGGGUCAGUACACAAGUUUACCUAUACCUAAAAAGUGGAUAUAUUUGAGAAGCUAUUUAGGGUUUGAUCCCAUUGAAAAACAAUUCAAGGUAUUGUCCAUUCGCGAUCCUAAUCCUAACUAUGAUGAAAAGGGAUUCCAGUAUGAAAUUCUGACACUAGGAACAAGAAACGUUUUGUGGAGGAAAAUCCAUUGUCCCUUAAACCAUUUUCCUAAUCGUAGCAGUGAAGGGAUAUGCAUCAAUGGGAUUUUGUACUACUUAGGUGAAUAUAUCUUCUCUGACAAAGCAUAUGAAAGGCGAUAUGUGCUAGUUUGCUUUGAUGUUAGAUCUGAGAAGUUCAAGUUUAUAAAUAGAGAUUUCAUUUAUGGUGGGUAUCAUCCGGAACUGGUCAACUACAAGGGUAAAUUAGGCGUGUUUACUCUGACGUAUGAUUACUAUCCUGGUACGAGGCGUUCCGUGAAGUUGUAUUUGUCCAUUUUAAAGAAUGACGAGAAACCUGAAUCGGAAUGGUCAGAAUAUAUCUACACUUUUUGGGAGAACCAAUUCCCUAAAUGCAAUGGUUAUGAGUUUUGGGAGAAUCCAAUCAUUGGUGUAACUGCUACAGUUGAAAUUGAGUAUACAAGUGUUCAAGUCUUUGUAGACUAUGUAGAGGAUCUGAAGUUUCUUACUAUGAAGACUACAUACAAUGCUGCAACAUCUAUAGCCCCACCAGAACAGAAGCGUGAUGAACCCAAGAGCACAUCAUCUAAAGCUCACCAGCAACAACAAGAUGGUCGUAUGUUUGAGAGCAUUAACAAGUUUGAUUCUCUUCGUCUUUUGGAUGAUGAUGAUUUUACCUGA